AUGAGUACAAACCCUCUCGUCCGCUGUUAUGAUUCAGCCUGGUUUCUUCUCCAUAUCUUCAUUCUCAACAUUCCCCCAAGUCGACUCUUUCUCUUCCCAGUGUUAGCUGGCUCGGUCUGGUUUCUGACUCUGGCGUCCCUACUGUCAAUAUGGCUCGCCCACGGAAUGCCUCAAUACCCGGGACAAAGUAACCAGCAUGUUGCCUUCAUCUCCGACAUAGCGUCUUUCGAGUUGAAGCCACUUUUUCUCAUCGGUGCUUCUAUCACAGCCGUGGGUUUCGUGACCACCGUUUCUGCGGUUCAUGUAGUGCGCUAUGAGCCGGGAUUCGCUUUGGUGAAAUGUCCUGUAACCAACAACCGUAAUGGCAAUGGCGAACAUGGUCUUACUGGGCAUCGCAGUUCGUACCAUAGUCACUGUGGCCAUCAUGACUCCUACAGCGAGGAUGAAGAGGACCAUGAAACUACGAGAACCCUAAAGCUUAUCUCUCUGCUAGCCAUCUUCGCUGCCGCCGUGGCUAGUAUCGCGCUGAUUUUACUGGCGGUCAUGGAUACCUUUCGGUAUAAGAGCGCACAUCACCUCUUCCUCCAGUAUAUCAUUGACCAUUGCGUCAGAACCAAUUUCGACGGCUACGUCCCAAGCGUGCUUUACAGUCCCCCAAUACAAAGAAAAGAUAUCGAACCACCCGAAAGCUUACCGGGCCAGAUACGGAAUUGGGACCCUGAGCGCGCCCCACUAGUUGAGGGACCUUCAGGGGGGAGAUAUACGUGA